AUGCGCUUCCGAGCAUCUGCCCUGCUGGCGCUGGCCGCGCCGGCCCUCGCCCUAGCGCACGGCACCUUUGAACACGAAAGCCACGAGACGCAGCUUCUCAAGCGCAACUUCUUCCACAUAGGCAGCCGAAGCCUCAAGUCAUACGCUGGAAACCUCAACUCCCACGGUACCAAUGCGCGCGCCCGCCGCCACCGCGCUGCAGUAGUGAGCUAUCACCGUCGUGCCCUUGCGCAGAAGCGCUCCAUGGUCGAGGUCCUUAACACCUCGCAUCUCUACGGAGGCGACUGCAUUGGCCCGAACGCCCGGGCUCCGCCUUCGCCAACGAGCACCACGUCCUCACGCCCUACGUUGAUCCGGUCCGAUGCACGCGAAGACCAGGAGGGGGUCCCAAUCAUCGUUGAAGCCCAGGUUAUCGACUUCAUUACAUGUAAGCCCGCCCCAGGAAUGUGGUGGGACAUGUGGAAUGCCAAUGCCACAGGCGUCUACAGCGGCGUCAUCAACGAAGGCAACGGCGACUUCACUGACCAUAGCAACAUCAACAACACCUUCCUGCGCGCCGUCCAACAGGCAGACCAAGACGGCGUCGCGCAGAUCAAAACAAUCUUCCCAGGCCACUACACUGGGCGCACAACCACAUCCAUAUUAUCGCGCACACGGAUGAGGAAUGCACACGGAAUACGAACGUUGGAGACCUUGCCUGGGGAGAACGGGCCCGGCCCUGCGGUCUAUGACUCCCCACUGCCGAGUGCUUGGGAUGAUGAGACGGAUGCUGCGGAGAUUUCGGCAGCAAAGAGCUGGUUGGAGGAGCAAAACAAUGUAGCGGCUGCGACACAGGCUGCCUGA